AUGACGCGGAAACAUGGCGCCCGCUUCCACGGUGCUUUGGACAACGUGUUAAGUCAGCUGACGCAGCAGCAACAGUUGGAGGGGGAAGCCAACAUAGCUGCAACUUCGGCGAUCAGGGACCAGAAGACAUUUGAUGGGCCUGUCAGCUCAUCAGUACGGAAGAGAGAACUGAUUGAUGUGGGCUACAAUGCAAAGAAGAAACAUUGCGAAAGGCGGCUUCUGCUAAAAGACCCGGAUCAAAUUGGUCUUGGAAACGUACUAGAUGGGCAGACCCCACUUUUAAGGAGGGAUAUGUUCAGGAGGAAGCUUUUCCCCAUUCGAUUUGAAGACUCCGCCAGGAACGUUGAAGAAGUCCAGCAACUGCUCAUGAAGAGACAAUCUGUUGCUCAGCUCGUCAUUUCCCUACUCUAUCUUGCAAUGCUGCUUCUUUUUCUAUCACAUGCUCUGGAGAUCACUAAGAUAUUCGAGACAACGGAUGGAAUUGCAUCCCCGCUGAACUCGGCACUUGCACCCACGGUUUCCAGUUUCAACUCGAUUAGCUAUAAGGUGGCGAAAGCUGAACAAAUAUCAUCUGCAGCACCAGCAGCUGUUGUUCAGGAUUCGGGUACGUCGGAGAGUAUCCUUACGCUGAAGACUGUUCUUGAUUUUCCCCAUGAGCCUUCAACAUACGCUUUGGAUAGUGGGGCCCACAGUGCAGGCGCCUACGCGACCAGUGCCACACGGAGGCGCCUACUCUGUCAGAACCACUUUUCUGUACAGGUUGAACUGGAAAACGUUGAUGGAUUCGAUCUCGGGUAUGAUGGUAUUUGGCCCAUAACGACGGCAGGUGCCGCCUCUAGAAUCGCAGCAGCAAGACUGCGGUCCGACAACCCCCUGGUAAAUCCAUCAGGGUCGAGGUUCACCUACUCGUACCCUUUUGCUGCUGUUGGGGAUGACAAGGCUUUUAAUAAAAUAGGGGGGCACUACCAAGUCAUUUGCGAAGAUUCAAUGCAAGCAGCUCAAAAUGCACUGCAACAAAACCAGGCCCCUUCUCGCUACCCUCCUUGGUUUGUCCCGCUUCCAGUAAUUGCUGAUCGUCGGACCAUUUCAACUGUAGUUGACUUCUUUGCCAUUAACCCGAUCACGGAGACGUUCGCGCACUGCGCUGUCCUAUUUGCCUUCACCAGUUCAGGCACAGUUCAGAGGCCUCUGGUGUUAGUCUCGUCAUUGAUGCCGUUCUCGGCACAAUCCUACGGUCUGGUGCGGUACACAUCACUUGGCUUGAUGUUGACAUUCCUGCUUCUGUACCUACUGUGCGAAUUCGUGGAAAUGAAACGGUUGGGUUUCAAAUCUUGGCUUAAAGGAGGCUGGACGAUAUUUCUGCUGUUCCAUCUUUUUGUGCUGCUUGGCUUUCUCUCCUCCUUUUCUGCCUCACAAGUCAUUGCACUUCUAGCUCCCGAAAUUGGAACAACGAUAGGGGUUGAUGGAUACUACAAUACUUUGGAAGCACCCCGUGCAGCUAGCGAAUCAGAGUUUUUCCAGUUGGUCAACAGCUACUACAAUUUGUUCAGUGCAAACGACGUCUCCCAACAAGCAUGCAUUAUAUUUGGUUCUGUCACCGCUUUAUCAGGCUUAACGACAUCUGCGGCUCUCCUGCUGGGUGGGACGGUUGGGAACUACAACCUUUACAUGAUGACUUCUGUCAAUCCUGUCCUUGCUGGAGUAUUUUUCGUGCCUCUUUUUUUGGUCUUCUCGGCGUUUGGAUUUACCAUUGUAACUGCUGUGGUGCUGAGGAAACAUGACUUCUGUGCUGAAUCAGUACAACAAGGCGUCAUCAAAUACAGACUCGAAGGACAGGCCAUGAUUGGCUUUUGGAGGGCGCAGACGGUGGCUCUUCCCGCUGAUGGCGCUAACUACGGGCUGGAUGAUGACGUCGAAGAGGCAAGGGAGCUGAAAAGCAAAAGAAAGGUCAAACGGCGGUCAGCCCUUGCGAACAAAAAAAAAGGGGAAGAUUUUUACAGGCGUGAACACAACGAAGAGGAAGAACCGUCUUCUAUCGAGGCAGACAAUGCUUCACCGCCCUAUUACCCCCCUUGGGUGUGGAGUGCAAUUGGCAUGCAAGAUCCUCGAGACAAAUACGGUUUGCAAACUGGGGAGGGACAGGGGUUCUACGUGGACCCAGGCAGCAUAGGUACAUACUCUAGGACAUACGGCUGUUUCAGCGGAUUUAACGUCUCUGGCGUAACAGACAGGUCGAACUGGUACUUCACCCCGGUUAUCCCGUGCACCCAAGUAGCCGAAUAUCCGGCCCCUUCCAUUGCCAAGGUAUACGUGAUGGUGAGAAAACAAACACAGGAAGACCACGAAGACGCGUGGAAGAAGCUCUUCGUAAUAGCGUUUGUUGCAGUCAUAGUCGCCACUGUCAGUCUACAACUGUCGGUUGACGUAACUGCAGACAUGAGAGAAAUGUCUGGGAAGGCGAUUUCCAAGACUGAAUUUCCAUCGGAUCCUAUCGAAUUCACCUGCAAGGAUCCUUCUCUGGGUGUGGCUCAUAUUUUUAUCGUUUGCGUCAGUCAAAUAGCACCACUCACCGAGUUUUCCAGUUCAUUUAAGGCAACUGUCGGUGCAACGUAUCAGCAACUCGUGCUGUCUAACUGGAACAGCGCGAUUAUUCCACGUUCUGUUCGUGUUACUUUAGCACUUCGGUGCGAAGUAGGGUAUCCAGCUCAAGUUGGCUUUACGUGUGAGUCGCUCCAGUGCAACUAUCAACCGCUCUUCGAAACGACCGCCUUCCGAGCAUUUUUGAAAGAACUCGCACACCAAGACAUACUGCGGGAUGUAGUUGAAGAGUUAGCUUUUUACGCUGUUCUCGUAAACCCCAAUGCUGACAACAUGGUAUUGGAGCUGUCAAUAAAAUUCCGCCGAGACCGUGGUGGUACAGUAGUUCCCAGCCUUUGUGUUGAAGCAUACGAGUUGCAACCGUAUGCCACCUGGCACUCGACAGCGAUUGCAUCAAUCGCUUUGCAAGUAGCAGCCGUUGCUCUGUUCCUGUUUUUCGGCUGUUCAUUCUUUGUGGAACUAUACCGUUUGAGGAGGAACUUAAAGGAAGAGCGUGAUGACUACAGUUUUGGCUUGUGCUUGGGGGUAUUCUUCGUCGACGACAUCUUCAAUGUCUUCGACUUAAUUGGAUUUGGAGUGCUGGCAGGCUCAAUCGUUGUGUGGGCACUUCACGUGCUUGCCUUAACGCAUUUCCAAGUGUUUAAUAUGACGACAGACCUUGCCACAGCUUCAGCAGCAGCUGCAGCCGGUGGCACACAAGAAGCAGAAGCAACUGCAGCCGCUGGCGUACUCUUCACGGCAAUAAGCUCAACAGCUAACUCACUGAGAGCCUAUGCUCAGUUAGCCGCCGCUAUCUUGGCUGUUGCAUUUCUUCGGUUGAUCCGCAUUGGACGCAAACGCAAACAGUUAACCUUGAUGUUCUUCGCUCUGGCUUCUGCAGCGGAGGAAAUGAUCCAGGUUCUGAUGGGGACAACACUGGUGUUCAUUGGGUUUACGUAUGUCUGCUUCUUGUCCUUUGGGCGUCAAUUGGAAAGCUAUUCAACCCUCAGGAAUUCCUUUGUGUCCACAAUUAUGCUGACGACAGGCUUUUUCCCGCUGUCGCAACUCUUCCAUGCGGAUGCUAUUGUAGCGGGGGCCUUUAUUUUCCCUUAUCUCUUUUUCAUGGGGGUAAUAUGCUUCAGCUUCUUCCUAUGCGUUCUGCUUCGAUCGCUGGCAUCCCGUGCAGCUGAAAUAAAAGCAAUGGAGCGACUUGGGAAGGUUGCGGAUCGUUCAGUAUUAGAGUCCGCACAACUCUUUUUUGCGGAGCUUUUCUGCAGAUUGGGUUCAAAACGUGCAAGGGUACAAAGGCAGCAGCAAAUGCAGGAGCAACAACGCCUGAAACUGCAGGAGGACUCAAACGUGCAUUUUGGAAGUGCAACGCCAACGGACAAACAAGAAAAUAUCGCUGAGGUGCUAAAGCAAGAGGACGCAGAAAGGAGGCGAAGGGAGAAGCCGCUUAAAGUUGUAGAGUUGCCUCACGACGUGGUUACCAGUGCAUUAUCUGACGAGCAGUAUGCUGCGUUGCCAGAGGAAGUUCGUUUGUAUGCAGCUCAAGAAGCAGCUUUUUUUAUCGACCGAUUCCGCAUGAUGGCGACACAGAUGAGCCUCGGCAGUGGCAACAUUGUGUCCCUUCUACAACAGCUAGAGAGCGAGGCGUAUGCAGAACUCUCCAGGCUCUCUCGCGACGUGGCCCAGCAAGAAGGUCAUCUGCGGCAUGAACUGUCAGUGUACGCUUCCCAGGUGGUCAGUGGGCAACAGAGGCUGACGGCGUACAUAAAGUACAUUGAAAAGGCACUGAAAGAUAGGGAAGAAGAGCUUCAGUUACAACAACGGGAGGUGGAACUCCUUGAAUCCCGAAUGGCGGGUGACUUAGAGUAA